UCCCGAACUCUGCAUAGAACCUUGAACGGCGACAGCCUUGGAAAUCAGUCGGCAGAAGACCUUCUCCAUUUGUCUCUAAGCACGUGUUACCGGCUUCCGAGGCAUCCUCGACCUCGCGCGCGGUCCUCAGCAAGGUUGCAAGGAGAGCUUGCGGUAACGUGUGAAAAGGAAAGACGACCGUGACGCGGGCGGAAGGUCCGAGGGUUCCGCGGGGCCAGAAGAGAGAAGAAAGCCGGAAGCCAGAGGAAGGGGGCGGAGGUGGUGGUCCCGCGGCAAGGGGAACUCGAUUUGGGGUGGCCUCGUCACUGCAGGCGACCACCGCCUUGGCUCCGAGUGCACCGGGCCCCGGGCCUGCAGUGGUGGGCUGCCUGGUUGGGGUGUACCCCUGCUCGUCCACGGGGCCCAGGGGCCCCACAUCGUCGCAGCUCAGAGCGAUCCAGGCGAUCCAGGCCGGGCAGCAACCCGGCUGCCGAGCCUGCUGCUGCGGGCACAACAACCCCCCACCACCGCCCCCGCCCCCGCCGCCCCCGGUCCAGCUCACGAGUCAACGGGGCGGCCUGUCGCUGCGGGUAGCGAGGGUGGCAUCCACCACCUCCGUCCGAGCCGCCCCCUACGCCCACCCCCAGCACCAGGGACUGGGGCAGGAGUGCAGGUGUAGGGAGGAUACGGGCGCAGUGGGUGGAGGUGGUGCGCACAUCCUCGGCAGCCCGAUGCUGUUCGUUCCGUUCACGGUGCCCACCUUCCCCGCCGCCUCGCACCAGACCUCGCACCAGAAUUCCCACCAGACGAGCCACCAGGUACAGCAACACCAGCAGCAGCUCGGGUCUAACCAGGCCGGGCAGCAGCAGAGCCAGCUGAACCACCUCAACCUUAACCACCUGAACCACAUCAACCAGGUCAUACCCCAGGGAUCCGUUCAGCAGCCGAUUCACAGCACGAGCUGUUCCCCACAGCAGCAGGCCGCGACACCAAACAAGGAGAUGAAAGUCAACUGGGCGACGUCUCCUGGCAAUCAGCCGAAGCAGGACACAAGUAAACACUACCACAUAUUCGUCGGUGACCUAAGCCCGGAAAUCGAGACCCAGACACUGAGGGAGGCCUUCGCCCCUUUCGGGGAGAUCUCAGACUGCAGAGUGGUGAGGGACCCCCAGACGCUAAAGUCGAAAGGAUAUGGAUUCGUCUCGUUCGUUAAAAAAGCGGAGGCGGAGAGCGCCAUUGGUGCCAUGAACGGUCAGUGGCUUGGGAGUCGCAGCAUCCGCACCAACUGGGCGACCCGCAAACCACCGGCGCCAAAGUCUGAAGCAAACUCAAAGCCGCUCACUUUCGACGAAGUUUAUAAUCAAAGCAGCCCCACAAACUGCACCGUCUACUGCGGAGGCCUCACAAACGGUCUCACCGAAGAACUGAUGCAGAAAACCUUUUCGCCCUUCGGCUCCAUACAGGAGAUACGCGUCUUCAAGGAUAAGGGAUACGCGUUUGUCAGGUUCUCCACGAAAGAAUCGGCGACGCACGCCAUAGUCGCGGUUCACAACACCGACAUAAAUGGACAGACGGUGAAGUGCAGCUGGGGAAAGGAGAGCGGAGAUCCGAACAACGCCCAGCAAACCGGACAGACGCUCACCUCAGCGACCUACCCUUACUACGCGGCGGCGGCGGCAGCCGCUGCAGCCGCAGCUGGAGUCGCGGGGGUAGCGGGGGUCGGAAGUGGAAUCGGCGGUGCCGGACAGCUCGGCUACUGGUACCCACCCCAGUCGUAUCCAACAACCGCGACCCAGAUGCAGGCCGCAGGUGGAUUCCUCCAGGGGAUGCAGGGGUACACCUACGGACAGUUCGCGGGGUAUCAGCAGGCCCAAUACAUGGGAAUGGGGAUGGGUGUUCAUGCGGCGGGAACGGCCGCGGGUUGGGGCCAGGGUCUUCCUGGAGGCCCCCAACUCCCCCCGCACCAUGCAACCACCGUGUCGGCGCCCCCCGGCGUCCAGGCGGCGGCACCACCCCCGCCACCGCCCGCCCAGAUGAUGGCCUACCCCAUGCAACAGUUCCAGUGUGUUCUUGGUUGCGGUCCAGCUAGCGGAUGAGGACUGGCUGGCGCCUAGUCUUCUAGUGUGAUGGUAAACACGCACUCGCCAGCGACACCACCGCUACGUCACUUCCGGUUUGAGCCCCUCCCCCUCCCCAGCAAUAGGUACGCCCAACAACGACGACGCCGAAGAAGACGCCGAAGAAGGAGAAGAAGAAGAAGGAGACGGAGAAGGAAAAGAAAAAGAAGGAGACGAAGGAGAAGGAGAAGAAAAAGAAGAAGGA